AUGUCACAGGAAACAGUCGUCCAGUGUCAGAUGAAGAAUGUGUCAAAUGCAGCGCAGGGGCUCGAUCAGGGCUGGGGAAACCAGUGGGUGACCGUGUGCAGGGAAGGCUCUCGCGUGUAUCAUCGGGACCUUCAGGCUGAAGCGUCCUACGUCUGCGUGAUGAGAGAAGCCUACAGUGGCUGCAGCGGAACCCUGGAUUCAGAAUGUCCCCCUCCGCCAAGCUCCCCGGUCCACAAGGCAGAGCUGGAGAAGAAACUGUCUUCCGAGAGACCCAGCUCAGAUGGGGAGGGCGUUGUAGAGAAUGGAAUUACCACGUGUAAUGGAAAAGAGCAAGUAAAGAGGAAGAAAAGUUCCAAGUCCGAGGCCAAGGGAACCGUGUCGAAAGUCACUGGGAAAAAAAUCACCAAGAUCAUCGGCCUGGGGAAGAAGAAGCCGUCCACAGACGAGCAGACCUCGUCUGCUGAGGAGGAUGUCCCCACCUGUGGUUACCUGAACGUGCUGUCCAACAGCCGCUGGCGGGAGCGCUGGUGCCGCGUGAAGGACAACAAGCUCGUGUUCCACAAGGACAGGAGCGACCUGAAGACGCACAUCGUGUCCAUUCCCCUGCGGGGCUGCGAGGUGAUCCCGGGCUUGGACUCCAAGCACCCCCUGACCUUCCGCCUGCUGCGCAAUGGCCAGGAGGUGGCCGUGUUGGAGGCGUCAUCUUCUGAAGACAUGGGAAGGUGGAUUGGCAUUCUACUAGCUGAGACAGGGUCCUCCACAGACCCGGGAGCCCUGCACUAUGACUAUAUAGAUGUGGAAAUGUCUGCAAACGUCAUUCAGACGGCCAAACAGACCUUCUGUUUCAUGAACAGGCGUGGCCUAUCCACUAACCCGUAUCUCGGGGGCACCGCCAACGGCUAUGCCCACCCCAGUGGGACGGCGCUGCACUACGACGACGUCCCGUGCAUCAACGGCUCGUGGGAACUGGAAGACGGCUUUCCUGCUUCCUGUGUCCGAGGCGUGGGAGAAGAGGUGCUUUAUGAUAACGCAGGCCUGUACGAUAACUUGCCGUCUCCGAAAAUCUUUGCCCGCCACUCUCCUGCCGACAGAAAGGCUUCGAGGCUGUCUGCCGACAAGCUGUCCUCUAACCAUUACAAAUACCCUGCCUCCACUCCGUCUCUCACUAAUACCUCUUCUGUGGGGAGGGCAUCUCUCGGGCUCAACUCCCAGUUCAAGGGUAAAAAGCCCCCAAUGGCAUCUAACGGGGUCCCAGGAAAAGGGAAGUCUCUGAACAGCCAGCCUAAAAAAGCGGAUUCCACAGCCGGUGUGAAACGGACAUCUUCGAAUGCUGACCAGUACAAGUACGGCAAGAACCGGGUGGAGGCCGACGCCAAGCGGCUGCAGACCAAGGAGGAGGAGCUGCAGAAGAGAAAGGAAGCCCUGCGGAACAGGCUGGCUCAGCUCCGGAAGGAGAGGAGGGACCUCCGGGCCGCCAUCGAAGUGAACGCCGGUAGGAAGACCCAGGUGAUCCUGGAGGACAAGCUGAAGAAGCUGGAGGAGGAGUGUAAGCAGAAGGAGUCAGAGCGCGUCACGCUGGAGCUGGAGCUCACCGAGGUCAAGGAGAGCCUGAAGAAGGCGCUGGCGGGCGGGGUCACGCUGGGGCUGGCCAUCGAGCCCAAGUCGGGGACGUCGAGCCCUCAGUCUCCAGUGUUCAGGCAUCGGACUCUGGAAAACUCACCCAUCUCCAGCUGCGACACGAGUGAUGCGGAGGGCCCCGUGCCCGUGAACAGCGCGGCCGUCCUGCGGAGGAGCCCGCCGGCCCCGGGCAGCUCCCCCCGCCGCGGGCACGUGCUGCGGAAGGCCAAGGAGUGGGAGCUGAAGAACGGAACCUAGGGGACAGCCAGGACCGAGACCGCGUGUCCCUCGCCCACAUCCUCACCCGCGCGACCGCUGGAAGCUCCGCCCAGCUUGGCCUCAGGCCGUGUGACCCGGAGGCUCGGCGACUCAGUUCUGAUCCCCACACGUUGACCCGGCCCCCAGGAUUCUUUCUACUGUAUAUUGAUGUCCUUGAAAAACGUUUACUUGUAAGACUUUGGUUCCCAACUCUAUUGGUUACAAAAAGUGGGGGAGAGCAGGAAGGCGUCAUGGCAGGUGCUACACCAGGUGAAGCGACCAGCAAACCGUGGCUCUCGCCAAUUUCAGCCCAGCCCUGGACUGACCCCGGAGGAGACCUUGGGAUUAGGCGGGACCAGCUCGGGCCCCGGCUGUUCCUGCGUCUGCUCUGGGCAUGCGUGUGGCCGGCGCGGCCCGAGCUUGCCUAGUAUGUGGGCCGGGGGGACUGGGGGCUAUGGAGCCGCCAUGGGACUGUGCGUCUCGGUGCCCCCCCCGCCACGUGCCCCGUCCCCUGGUCUCUAGAGCUAGAGGCAUGAAAAAUGAUGCUGUGAAGCAUUUCUUACCUUUUAACUUUCUUACUUUUUGGACAGACGCUUUUGUCACCAGGACGUGAAAAGCUGCCAUUCUUUUUAACCUUUCUUGAAAAUGUCUUUCUAUGGUGUGUCACACUUAGAUCCGAGAGUUUUUCAGAGACCCCGUAUCUUAUUUUAUUAAUUUUUGUGCUGCUUUGACAGGCAGCAGAGUAUCUCAGUGCUUCUCUGAAGGGUGCCCUCCUCGGCCUGAUGUCCCCGGUCCUUCCGACUUGUCAGCGCUGGCGGGGGCUCCUCGGGACGAGGCAGCAGGGAGGGGGGUCCGUUCACAGGACACUGACGUGUGCGGUCAGGGCAGGCCUUUGAAGGGGGAGUGGGUUUGGGACCUUGUCCAGUGACAGAAUUGCGGUCUCUCCGAGGGAGAGUGGGCCUUCCAGGGCUUCCUGCCUGUCCCCCUCCCUCCCGUCUGUAAACUUCGACCACGAAUGGGCCCAUGGCCUUGGCUUUGCUGCGUCUCCCCGGCAGGGGAGGUCCGGGAUGGGCCCUCCAUCCGAGUCCUCGCUGCCGUCCGUGCAGUACUCCUCGGAGAGUUCAGACUUGCAGA